CUCCGCGGAGAGAGCGGUGCAAUGAUAAAAGCCGCAUAUGCGGUAGGCUACACACCUAUCAGGCAGGAAAAUACCUAAGAAACAGCCUCACCCCGAUUCUCCUCGCACCGCAGCCUUAUCCACGACUCAGAGCGGAACCUGAAGUGCCAGUAGAACCAUGUCCAGGCCAACGGGGGGCGGUGCCAACGAUGUCACCCGCUUCCUGUCAUCAGGGGCGGGGCCAGGCUCUCCCACCUCCAACGCCGUGUUCUCCGCUGCCAGCCAGGCCGACUGGGCAGCUAAGAGGCUGGUGUGGGUGCCAUCAGAGAAGCAUGGCUUUGAGUCGGCCAGUAUUCGGGAGGAGCGUGGCGAUGAGGUGGAGGUUGAGCUGACAGACAGCCAGCGGCGGGUCACUCUGUCCAGGGAGGAGGUGCAGCGGAUGAACCCCCCACGCUUCAGUAAAGUGGAGGACAUGGCCGACCUCACCUGCCUCAACGAAGCCUCGGUGCUGCACAACCUGAGAGAGAGAUACUACUCUGGCUUGAUCUAUACAUAUUCAGGGCUGUUUUGCGUGGUGGUGAACCCUUACAAGAACCUGCCCAUCUACACAGAGUCCAUUGUGGAGAUGUACCGGGGCAAGAAACGGCACGAGAUGCCCCCUCACAUCUACGCCAUAUCAGAGGCCGCCUACCGCAGCAUGCUGCAAGACAGAGAAGAUCAGUCAAUCCUCUGCACAGGCGAGUCUGGAGCUGGGAAAACAGAGAACACUAAGAAAGUCAUCCAGUAUUUGGCUCACGUUGCCUCCUCUCAUAAGAGUGGCACUCUGGGAAGGAACAAGGAAGCCGUACAGAGUAUGCAAUAUGGCGAGCUGGAGAGACAACUGCUGCAGGCCAACCCCAUACUGGAGGCCUUCGGCAAUGCAAAGACUGUCAAGAAUGACAACUCCUCCAGAUUUGGUAAAUUCAUCCGCAUUAAUUUUGACGUGGCGGGGUACAUAGUUGGUGCCAACAUUGAGACCUACCUCCUUGAAAAGUCCCGGGCCACCCGUCAGGCUAAAGAUGAGAGGACGUUCCACAUCUUUUACCAGAUGUUGUGUGGAACUUCAGAGGAGACAAGAGCGGACCUGCUCUUAGGAACUGCUGAUGAGUACCGCUUCCUCAGUGGAGGCUCCAUCCCUGUUCCUGGUCAGAGCGAUUCAGAGAACUUCACCCAGACCAUGGACUCCAUGGCUAUAAUGGGCUUCACCCCAGAGGAGUCGUUAUCGAUGCUGAAGGUGAUCUCUGCUGUGCUCCAGUUUGGGAACAUUUCCUUCAUGAAGGAGAAGAACCAGGACCAGGCCUCAAUGCCUGACAACACAGCUGCUCAGAAACUCUGCCAUCUGCUGGGCAUCAACGUGCUGGAGUUCACUCGGGCCAUCCUCACUCCCAGGAUCAAAGUGGGUCGAGAGUAUGUGCAGAAGGCCCAGACGAAGGAACAGGCCGACUUUGCUGUGGAGGCCUUAACGAAGGCCACAUACGAGCGUCUGUUCAGAUGGCUGGUCCACAGGAUCAACAGAGCUCUGGACCGCAGACAGAGACAGGGGGCCUCCUUCAUAGGCAUCCUUGAUAUUGCUGGCUUUGAGAUCUUCCAGCUGAACUCCUUUGAGCAGCUGUGCAUCAACUACACCAACGAGAAGCUACAGCAGCUCUUCAACCACACCAUGUUCAUCUUGGAGCAGGAGGAGUACCAGCGGGAGGGCAUCGAGUGGAACUUCAUUGACUUCGGCCUGGACUUACAGCCGUGCAUUGACCUCAUUGAGAAACCGACCCACCCACCUGGUGUUCUGGCCCUGCUAGAUGAAGAGUGCUGGUUCCCUCGAGCAACAGACCGCUCAUUUGUGGAGAAGCUGUCUGCUGAGCAAGGCACCCAUCCAAAAUUCUUCCGAUCCAAGCAGCCACGCGGGGAAGCUGACUUCUCUAUCAUUCACUACGCUGGCAAGGUGGACUAUAAGGCAAAUGAUUGGCUGGUGAAGAACAUGGAUCCUCUUAACGACAACGUAGCGUCUCUUCUCCACCAGUCGUCUGAUCAUUUUGUCUCAGAGCUUUGGAAGGAAGUGGACAGGAUCGUGGGUCUGGACCAGGUGUCGUCAGGAGAGAGCAGCGGCCCGGUUGCUUUCGGUGCCGGGGGACUGAAGACGAAGAAGGGAAUGUUCAGGACCGUCGGUCAGCUUUACAAGGAGUCUCUCACCAAGCUAAUGGCCACGCUGAGGAACACCAACCCCAACUUCCUCCGCUGCAUCAUCCCCAACCACGAGAAGAGGGCUGGUAAGCUCUCCCCCCACCUGGUUUUAGAUCAGCUGAGGUGUAAUGGAGUUUUGGAGGGGAUCCGUAUCUGCAGACAAGGCUUCCCGAACCGAAUCCCGUUCCAGGAGUUCAGACAGAGAUAUGAGAUCCUGACUCCUAAUGCUAUCCCUCGCACCUUCAUGGAUGGCAAACAGGCAUCAGAACUCAUGAUCAGAGCUUUGGAGCUAGAUCACAACCUGUUCAGAGUGGGUCAGAGUAAAGUCUUCUUCAGAGCUGGAGUCCUGGCUCAUCUGGAAGAAGAAAGAGACCUUAAGAUCACUGACACCAUCAUACGCUUCCAGAGCGCUGCCAGAGGCUACCUUGCACGCAAAGCCUUUAUGAAGAAGCAGCAGCAGCUGAGCGCUCUGAGGGUGAUGCAGAGGAACUGUGCUGCUUACCUCAAACUCAGGAACUGGCAGUGGUGGCGCCUGUUCACCAAGGUGAAGCCCCUGUUGCAGGUGACCCGGCAAGAGGAGGAGAUCCAGGUUAGGGAAGCCCAGCUCCAGAAGGCCAAGGACAAUCUCACCCGAGUGGAGAAGGACUACACAGAGCUGGACAGGAAACAUGCUCAGCUGUUGGAGGAGAAGGCAGUGCUGGCAGACCAGCUGCAGGCGGAGGCAGAGCUGUUUGCGGAGGCAGAGGAGAUGAGGGCCAGGUUAGCCAGUCGGAAACAGGAGCUGGAGGAAGUGCUGGGCGAGCUGGAGAGUCGACUGGAGGAAGAGGAGGAGAGAGGUGUGCAGCUGACCAAUGAGAAGAAGAGGAUGCAGCAGAAUAUACAGGAUUUGGAGGAGCAGUUAGAGGAGGAGGAAAGUGCCCGACAGCGCCUCCUGCUGGAGAAGGUCACCUUGGAGACUAAAGUGAAGAGUCUGGAAACCGACCUGUUGAACGCAGUGGAGCAGAGAGACCGACUUAGCAAGGAGAAGAAACAGUUUGAGGAACGUCUGAGUGAGGUGACUGAUCAGCUCACUGAGGAAGAGGAGAAAACCAAAAGUCUGAACAAACUCAAGAACAAACAGGAAGCUGUCAUUGCUGACCUAGAGGAGCGCCUGAAGCGUGAGGAACAGGGUCGCUUGGAGCAGGAGAAGUGGAGGAGGAGGCUGGAGGGCGAGACGGUGGAGGCCCAGGAGCAGCUGUCAGACCUGGGUGUGAUGACCGCAGAGCUGAGGGGCAGUCUGGCUCAGAGAGAAAAGGAAAUCACCACGCUGCAGGGCCGUUUGGAGGAAGAAGGAGCACGUCGCGCAGAAGCUCAGCGGGGGCUGAGGGAGGCCAUGUCCCAGGUGUCUGAGCUGAAGGAGGAAGUGGAGAAUGAACGAGGGAUGAGGGAAAGGGCGGAGAAACAGAGGCGAGACCUGGGCGAGGAGCUGGAAGCUUUGAGAACUGAGCUGGAGGACACUCUGGACACCACCGCUGCCCAGCAGGAGCUAAGGUCUCGUCGGGAGGCGGAGUUAAAUGACCUCCAGCGGUGUGUUGAAGAGGAGACUCGCCGCCACGAAACCCAGCUUUCGGAACUCAGAGUCAAACACAGCGCUGCCAUAGACAGCCUCCAGGAACAGCUGGACAAUAGCAAGAGAGCACGUCAGUCCCUGGAGAAGGCCAAGGCAGUGCUGGAGGAAGAGAGGCAGAAUUUGACCUCCGAGCUCAAGAGCCUCCAAGCGGGCCGCAUGGAGAGCGAGAGAGGCCGCAAGAGGGCUGAGGGUCAGCUGCAGGAGCUCAGCGCCCGACUGGCUCAGGCUGACAGAGAGCGGGAGGAGAGGGAGGAGCGAGUGCACAAGCUGCAGUGUGAGAUUGAGUCUAUCUCCAAUAAUUUGUCCUCCUCUGACACCAAAUCUCUUCGGCUCUCGAAAGAGGUCAGCAGCCUGGAGAGCCAGCUGAAUGAUGCAAAGGAAUUGCUGCAGGAUGAAACUCGUCAAAAGAUGGCUCUGGGCUCGAGGGUGCGAGCACUGGAGGAGGAGAAGAAUGGACUCAUGGAAAGACUCGAGGAGGAGGAGGAGAGGGCCAAAGAGUUGACCCGGCAGAUCCAGACUCAUACCCAGCAGCUGGCAGAGCUUCGUAAGCAGUCAGAAGAGGUGAACACUGCGGUGGAAGCUGGAGAGGAGACGCGCAGGAAACUCCAGAGAGAGCUGGACAGUGCCAUCCAGAGGGAGCGACAGAAGGAGGAGGAGAAGGAGAGAGUGGAGAGGCAGAGGGAGCGACUGAGGGAGGAGAUAGAGGACAUGACGCUUGCCCUGCAGAGAGAGAGGCAGAACUGCACAGCCCUGGAGAAGAGGCAGAAGAAGUUUGACCAGUGUCUGGCAGAGGAGAAGGCAGUGAGCGCUCGGUUGGCGGAGGAAAGGGACAGAGCAGAAGCAGACAGCCGAGAAAAGGAGACGAGAUAUCUGGCACUUUCCCGAGCCUUGCAGGAGGCCCAGGACCAGAGGGAAGAGCUAGAGAGGGUCAACAAGCAGCUCCGUCUGGAAAUGGAACAGCUUGUAAACCAGCAGGACGAUGUUGGCAAGAACGUCCACGAGCUGGAGCGGACCCGCAGGAACUUAGAAACAGAAGCCCAGAACCUGCGAGUUCAGACGCAGGAGCUGGAGGAGGAGCUGUCGGAGGCGGAGAACUCGAGGCUGCGGCUGGAGGUCACCCUGCAGGCUCUCAAGGCUCAGUUUGAGAGGGAGAUAAGUACCAGCGAGGAGAAGGGAGAGGAGAAGAGGAGGGCGCUCAGCAAACAGGUGAGGGAGCUGGAGAUCCAGCUGGAGGAGGAGCGGAGUCAGCGGUCUCAGGCCAUGUCUUCAAAGAAGCAGCUGGAAGCAGAACUACAGGAAGCCGAGGCCCAGGUGGAGACGUCAACACGUGGAAAAGAGGAGGCUGUGAAGCAGUUGCGGAGGCUGCAGGGUCAAAUGAAGGAAGUUCUGCGCGAGCUAGAUGAGACCAAGUUGGCUCGGGAUGAGGUGAUCACUCAGUUUAAAGACAGCGAAAAGAAGAUCCAAACACUGGAAGCAGAAGUCCUGCAGUUCACUGAGGAGCUUUCUGUGUCAGAGAGGCAGAGGAGACAGGCUCAGCAGGAGAGAGAUGAGAUGGCUGAUGAGAUGGUCAACAGCAGUUCUGGAAAGACGGCACUGUGUGAAGAGAAGAGGAGGUUAGAGGCACGAGUCAGUCAGCUGGAGGAGGAGCUGGAGGAGGAGCAGAGUAACUCUGAACUGCUGGCGGAGAGACAGAGGAAGACUGCUCUACAGGUGGAGACUCUGACCGUGCAGCUGCAGGGAGAGAGGACUCUGGCCCAGAAGGCAGAGGCGGCUCGAGAGCAGCUGGAGAGGCAGAACAAGGAGCUGAAGACCCGACUGGGGGAGAUGGAGGGAGCAGUGAGGGGCAAACACAGGCUCAGCGUCGCCGCCCUGGAGGCCAAGAUAGAGUCGAUGGAGGAGCAGCUGGAGCAGGAGAGACAGGAACGAGCCAUUGCCAAUAAACUGGUGCGAAAGACAGAGAAGAAACUGAAGGAGGUGAUGAUGCAGGCGGAGGAUGAGAGACGACACGCAGACCAGUACAGAGAGCAGCUGGACAAGUCGAUGGUCCGCCUGAAGCAGCUGAAGCGGCAGCUGGAGGAGGUGGAGGAGGAGAACUCUCGCGCCAACGCUCAGAAGAGGAAGCUGCAGCGGGAGCUGGAGGAGCUCACAGACAGCGGUCAGAGCAUGACGCGAGAGAUCACCUCUCUACGCAGCCAGCUCAGCAUCCCUGAAUGGAGAGCAGAUAAGCGUGCUCCGUUGCCCCUGGCGAUGCGUGGACGCAGGGCGCUGGUCGACGACCUGUCGUUGGAGAACUCUGAUUCGGAGGAGCCCCCUGCCUCGCCGACACCCUCCUCUGGACUCCCAGGGACCCCGACUCCCUCCUCUGAACACAGCCUGGACCCUCCGCCGCCCUACAGCGUCAACAACACAGAGUGACGCACACAUAGACUCAGUUACACACAUGAUGUUCACACACACACACACACACUCUCACACAAACACAUCUGCCUCUCACAGCCUCGACUACUCAGGGGUGAAGGAGCGACACGCACACAGCACAUAACACUGUAGUUUAUAAAGGUACACAAAGUAUGUAGGAUGCAAACAUCAGGCGCUAUAACGAUAAAACGACCUCACUGAAAAACAGAAACAGUGUAAAAAUGAGAUUUUACAAAGAGGCAACUGCAAUUGAUUUUUAUUUUGUAACAAACUGUGUCAUAAAAAAACAACAUAACAAAGGCUGGAAAUUUCUACAUUACACCUCUGUAAUGCACUUCUGAGAAACUACACUACUUCUUCCAGAGUUCCAAUGGGAAAAUGAAUUAUUAUCAACUGAUUUCAUGAUGCUGUACAGUGAUUAGAGCGCAGAAAACAUUAUGGUCUGUAUGUCUUUUACAUUAGGAGGUAUUUUAAAACUAAGCCAUGUUUCACCCUUUGAUGAGGAUUUACAAUCUGGUUUCACAAAGGGCUGCUGGAGCGUGAAAAUACUUCUGGAGGGUGUUAAGACAAUCUAUAUACCUUUACAUAAAGUAGCUAAGAAGAGACACGCAGCAGAGAAUUCAUCUUCUCUGCAACUGCGUGUUAAAUGCAAAUGACAUUUUCAUGUGUCAGUUUUAAAAAAUGAGAAACUUGGAAUAAUCUAGCAAACAGAAAGAUUAAAGUAAAGGAUUUCUGGUGCGUUAACAAAAGAGAAGCGGCAAUUAAUAACCAAUAUUUAAUGAAACUUUUAUUGGGGAUGCUUGAUCAGAAAAAGGGAAGCAUUAGUUCUAUUACAUAUUGAUCUCUUUUUCAUAUAAUUUGUUAAAAUUGUAGACACACAAACAACUGGCCAUGAAAAGCAGCCUGUAUGCAGUAUAGCUGCAUUACAGUUGUAUUAGGUGAGAAAUCCUUUUUCUGUAGAUUAGAAACAGUAUGUUGUUAGACAGAGCAGUAGGUAUUAGUUAUUAGAUAGUUUCUUUAACUAAAGUUUUAACAUAUUGCUUCAGAAAUUUGAAUUUCUAUAAUUUAUAUCCAAUGUGAACUUAAGUUAUUGAUCGCUGGUUGUUUUCUGUAUGACUCCGUCUUGUCAGGGAGGCAUGUUAGUCUGAUUAUUUGUGCUCCUGUUGGCCCUGAUGAUUCAGACUUCUUGGUUUCAGUCAGCAUCGCAGCAUCACGUCUCAGAGAUGAAUUUGCAUUGAAGACCUUUCCGGUGGUUAACUGUUUUGAGUGUAUAAGGCAACAUAACUGGAAACAACCUGCAGAGAGCGGUAUUAAUUGAUCUUUUUAUCCAAAGCAGAAUAAAAUGGUGACAGUUAGUCUUUCUUUUCUGUUUUUAGACUGAUAAACACAUCACAUUUUAUUUUGACAGGCAUCUUGUACAUUGUAAUCUUGAUUUUUACUCAGCAACUAUGUAAAUUAUUGCUCAAGCAAAGCUUUUUUGUGUUUAACCAAAUGGUGGGCGUAUGGAUGAGAAAAAGGGACUUAAAAUUGUAGUAAAUGUAGAGUAGCAGUAGAAUAGAGUAGAGGACAGGAGUAGAGGCUGGAUAGCUAUUCUACUAUCACCCAGUGACUCUACAGGAGUCAUUCUUAGUGGAAUAAACUCUCCACAGUUCCUGUGUAGAAGAUUGUAGAAUAACUGAGCACGAGACUCAAAGCAUUUUCAGAUAUUAGUAGUAUUAGACAAAAAAUGACAAUGGAGGCACUGAGGAAUGAAUUUUUAUGAAGCAAACAGCACGUAGAACAAAACAUAGAUUUUUUUUUUUUACCCUGGCCGUCAACUCGCAGUGACUUUCGUGUGUGGUGUCAACCAGACACAAGCAGCCUGAUGACCCUGCUGUGAGACAGACAAAGCUUUUGUCAAACCUGGUUUUUAAAGAUGUUUUUCUUUAGGUGAGACAUCUCUGUUUUCCUCAGCAUGUUUUAUUUAUUGUUAACUUGACCCUCUUCAGCACCUGUUUGCCUGUCAUAGCUUUAAGAAUUUCCAGGAAGCUAAUGUGAUGUCUAGUUUUUCACAUGCAUACAUAUAGCAAUGCUAUAUAAUUUAACAGUUUGGGAAAUACACUUAUUCACUUUUGUGUAGAGAGUUAGAUGAGAAGAUCGAUACCACGAUAAAUAUAAAGAUACAGCCAGCAGCUGGGUACCUCAGCUUUACACCUAUAAUACACCUUGCAGCAUCUCUAAAGCUCACCAACUAAUAUGUGAGACUGUAUGUAUUUGUUGGACUAUUUGUUGGUCAGGCGCAGUAAGCAGAGACUCCAGGAAGUCACUGCACCCAGCCAAGGUCUAGCCUGGUAAAUAACUCCCCACAAAACCCGAAAAAAAAACAAAGGGGAUAAAACAUGUGAGCUGAUGAUCUUUAGAGGCACUGAUAGGUGGGUUGUGUUACCUACAAGCAGAGCCAGACUAGCUGUUGAUCCCUGUUUGGAGACUUUGUGCAAAGCUGAAGGUCUUCUGGCUGCAACUUCAUAUUUCCUUUACAGAUGUGAAACUGUUUUCGAAUUCUUGUUUAACUCUCAAAAAAAGAGCAAAUGAGCCUAAAAUGUAGAACUUUUCCUUUAAAUUAGAAUGUCACUGGCGCUUUAACUUUCCAAUUGGAACUAAAGGAAGGUAAAGAUUGUGUCGCUGAAAUCACAAAUGUUUCUGGAAUUCCUCUGAAUGUUUGUUUUUAUUCUGGUUUUAGAUAUAUAUAUAUAUAUAUGACAAAUGAUCAGUGACGAUGUUGCUGUUUACCGUCGGUUACGCACAGGACCACUUCAGUGGUUGACGGUAAUCCAGGUCAUCAUUACUGCUCCCUCCUCGUCCUUUUGUUUUAAGUUAACAGGUGUAUAUUUAAAUGAAACGGCAAUGCAAAGCUAACAUCUGCACUGACAGAACAUGACAAUAAGCGUGUAGGGCACGCAUGAACAUGACAUGUUGAGCUUUUUUUUUUGCCAUGCCAGGUUCGCCAUGACUCACAGUUAGUGACAUUUGAAUAAGAUCAAACCAGUUGGGUUGAGAAAGAGUUUCACUACUGACAACAUAUAUUUAAAGCCCUAUUAAAGGGGUUUAUUUUUUAUUUUCUGUAUUCUUUCAUUUUAGCAAUAUGCAAAGGGUUUUGUUUGACGCUUUGUUUUUUAAGAUGUUGUGUAAAUGCUGCACUUUACACACGACCAGUGGAGAUAAACACAGCCAGACACUGUUGGUACAUUAUGUCUGCUUCGUCAGGUCGUAAUUUAUCUCAAAGAGGCCGACAUAGCAUUAAGCCAAAUGAGCGGACAUCACGUGUCAUCACGUUGCUCUGAACUUUUCACUUAGAUCGUAGUCUCAGAAUGUCACAUCAGCGUCUAAACGUGGCGACUUUGUUCACGCCUUGAUAGACCAAAAUCUGAAGGCUCGUGGAAUCAUCUGCUGGUCUGAGAACAGAUGAGUUCUGUUCAUCUGUAGCAAGAGACGAGGCCGGUGCUUCUCUGAGGUGUUAUUUUUCUCUCUAUGUUUGUUUAUGGCUACUGUGGAACCUGAAACAUUUUGGAUAAAUGUGUUUUAUUGUUUCAGCCUUUUUUUUUUGUUAAUGAUGCUGUAAUUAUAAAACAUCUGAUUGGGGUUAACUUUAAUAUAUGUCGUUGGUUUUGAUCUUUGUGUUUCUGUGUGUUUCUUUGAGAUCACAACCUGGGCAGAAUACAUGCUUAUCAGUGGUGGAAAGCAACUAAGCACUUUUACUCAAGUACUGUAGUACAGAUUAGAGGUACUUGUACUUUACUUGAGUAUUGAUCAAUCAGUGGUCAUCAGUGUAGAAAAUAUGACACAUUUUUGUAGAUUGAAUUACAAAACAGUAAAAAAAAAAGUGGUUAAAACGAGCUCCUCAUCAACCAGCUACAACUGUCAAGUGCUACUGAUAAUAAGAAAAAUAAUCACAGAAGCCAUUUUAUUUUGCAGUAUGAGUACUUUUACUUGAUUCUUUAAGUAUAUUUUUGCAGCUAACACUUGUGUACUUUUAAUUAAGUUACAUUUUCAGUGCAGGACUUUUACUUGUAACAGGGUAUUUUUAUUUGGCAGUAUUGCCACUUUUACUUAAGUAACAGGAGUUAACACUGGAACCGCAUUUAUCCUUUAUUGGCAUUCUGAAUAUUUGUCACCACUUUAAACAUGAAGAUUUCUUACUUACCACUGCAAUCAACACACAGAGUCCGACUCAAGCUCAAGUAACAGUUAAAAGCUUCAACAUACUCACAGAAGAGGUUUGGUGUGAAAAGAGGGCAAAUCAAAUUUAGACUGAGAAUGUACUGAACAUGAGUUACUAUAUUAUUAUUAUUUCCUGGCAGUCAGGUGUGUUUGAACCGAAAAGGAGACGCUUGUAUUUGCUUGAAUCUCAAGCAAAGUAAAUUGAUCGUAAAUACAAAUCAGUUCAAGUUCGAUAUUUCAAAAAUGGAAAUUCUUUUUGCAGCUUGAAAACACAAUAAGACAAGUGAAGACGUUUAGUUUAUUAGAGAACAAUCACUGGAAAUUAGUUAGCAGUCACUUGUAACAGACAUGUUUUCUACUCAACUUGCAACUGAUGCUGUCGCUUUUUACAUGUAUACUUAUAUAAGCAUCUCUCCAGUGCACCUCCCUUUAAAUAAGAGCUGCUACUGAGGGAGUCUGAAAGCCGGACAGGCCGUAAAGAAAAGACAAGAUUUGGGUGUAAAAUCAAACAGAGAAAAACACGAGAUUUUUUUUACUGAGAAAUU